AUGACAUGCUUGGUGACCACGCUGACUGCGACUCGAGAGGACGUUUCGCAGGACUUCGUUGAAAACGUUUUGAAGAUACCUAACCCUAACAGAGUCCUAAACUCAGUGCUUGGAAGGUUAGAGAGAAAUAGGCAAGGUUUUUUGGAAAGGUCACAGCCGAGGUACACCGACGAUGCUGACUGCCGAGACACUGAGGUAAAUCUUCCAGAAUAUACUGAAACUCUACAAGAAUCAGUAGACCGAGACUCGAGACAUUUGGGUUCCCAAAAACAUUAUCCAAUAUGUCAUUUGGAAAGAAAGAUUCACAGACUGAACACAGAUGAAUACGAGUACCGGCCCGCUUAUUACGAGGAGGUACGCUGUACCAUGACCUCAGGCGUUGACUUCGGUGUUACAAACGAGGUAUGUUCGAGCCUCGGGUUUUCAUGCGUGCAGUGGAACAAAACGAUACAUUUGACAAGAAGGCGUUAUUCGAGUGAUUGCUGGGAAACGAAGACCAUGGUGAUACCGGCAGGAUGCGAAUGCAUGUGGCCAGUACACAGACUAGGGCAAAUAACAUUACAUGUUUAG